UAGAAGCAACAAACCGACUUAAGAUUUUGGUUUGACUAGGUUUCGCUAUAAAUUAAGCACCAAUUGUCUUCAUCAUCUCUUUCAAAGCAAACGCCGAUUUCGAAAUCACCUGAUUUUUUUCCUCUUAAUUUAUUUUCCGAUACACUUGCAAUUAUGUCGAAGAAGAUCGUCCUCAGGAGCUCCGACGGCGAAUCGUUCGAGGUCGACGAAGCCGUAGCGGUCGAGUCCCAGACGAUUAAGCACAUGAUCGAAGACGACUGCGCCGGUAACGGAAUCCCGCUUCCUAACGUUAACAGUGCCAUCCUCUCGAAGGUUAUCGAGUACUGCAAGAAGCACGUCGACGCCGCCGCCGCCGCUAGCUCCGGUGAAAAGGAUAUCUGUGCUCCCACCGAUGAAGACAAUGAGCUCAAGACCUGGGACGCCGCUUUCGUCAAUGUCGACCAGGCCACGCUCUUCGAUCUCAUCCUGGCUGCUAACUAUCUGAACAUCACCGGACUUCUUGACCUGACGUGCAAGACUGUGGCCGAUAUGAUGAGAGGCAAAACUCCGGAGCAGAUGCGUGAGAUCUUCAACAUCAAGAACGACUACACAAAAGAGGAAGAAGAGGAGGUUCGCAGGGAGAAUCAAUGGGCGUUCGAGUGAUUUGGAUUGGAUCGGUGUUUAGGAUAAAGUUGAAGUCUUUUGUCUAGUCUUUCUACUAUUUGCAGAUUAUCUUUUUUUCUUUCUUUCUCUUCUUUUGGUUUGCUCUUGUCAUUUAGUCUAGAAACCUACCUAAUGCAGUUGUUCUACUAACAAAGUUGUGUCUGGUUUUAAUGAAACCAUCUCAAGAAUUGGUCUUGCUUA